CGCAGUGUCGCGCGUCCCUUCGAGCGGGUCGGUUCUCGCUUGGAUCUGCGCUCGUCGUCGUCGUCAUCUCUCCUUCUCUCUUUUUCAUCGUUGCAAAUUAAAUCGUGCACGAGUGUGAACAAUGCUCGCGACGUGAAUCCGCCGCGAGGCACGGGGUGUUCUCACGCGCAACGGUGUCCGUUUCGAAUUGCCGCUCGCGCGAUCCAGGAGAGGCGUCAUGAUUCUGAUACUCUUGCUGCUUUGCAUGCUGGCGCUUUCUCGCAGCCAGGAUGGCGAUCUUUACUUCUCGGUGAGUCCCGCGGAGCAUUCGGUCGUCGAAGGACGUCCAGUUCGCCUGAGAUGCGAGGCCCAGCCGAACUCGCACGUCAAAUACUCGUGGAAAAUGGACGGACAGCCGCUUGCUCCGAGUCCACGCAGACAUCAGGUUGAGGGCGAUCUUUAUAUCACCAGGGUCAAUCGGAUCCUGGAUAGCGGAAAGUUCGUCUGCGUGGCCACGCACGAGGAAACCGGCUACUCGAUCGAGAGCUCGCCCGCCAAGAUCGACGUUCAAUGGGUCAGCGAGGCUAGCGUGCAGUUGCAGCAGCCAAAACUGCCGUCCGCGAUCCGCUUGGGCAGCGAGGUCGAGCUUCGAUGCCACGUCGACGGUUCCGGUGACAUGAAAUACGAGUGGUUCAAGAACACGGCGAGCGUGGUGCUGAGCGACCGCAUUGAGGUCAAGAAGAAGAAGCUGCACAUACACAGAGCGGUCGCCGAAGACAGCGGCAUGUACACCUGCCUGGCCAAAAACGAGGCCGGAUCCUCACCGGUGACCGAGAGUUAUCCGCUAAUCGUUUCUGGAAAUGAAACCGCGACGAUCAAGGUCGUUCCGAGUAACCUGAUCGCCAAGCGCGGCGAACCGGCUGCCCUGCACUGCGUUUUCGAGGGCGCCGACGAGGUGCAGUGGUUCUUCAAGGAGAUCGGCCCGCUGGAAUCCGACGACGAGCGCACGAUUUUCGAGAACGGCACUCUCGUGAUACGCGCCGCCGAUCAAAGGGACCAGGGAUUUUACUCCUGCCAUGGUAUAAGGGACGAGACUACAGUCAGCUACACGGUCGAGUUGCAGAUUGCCUAUUUGCUAAACUUUUCGAUGGCCGCGUUCGAACCGAAAUAUCCAACUCAAUCGGCGAUCGUCGGCGAGGAUCAAGAAUUCCAGAUAAGUUGUUUAGAACCCCUAGGGCUUCCGCCGCCUAAGGUUUAUUGGAGAGAUCCCACGGGACAUAUAAUAAGCGACACCGGCCCGGUGCGCGUUCAAGACAAUACGCUCAUCAUCGCGAGGGCUAGGAUGGGCGAGGACGACGGUAAUUACACCUGCGUGGCGGAGAAUCUCGCCGGUGAAACGGAUAUAUCCGUCCAGAUAAUUAUAUCCACUCCACCGAGUAUAAUAAGUUCCCCGGAGUCGCUCAGCGUGAUGGAAGGCGAUUCCGUGACAUUAACGUGCUCAUACUUUGGCAUGGAACCGCCGGUGACAUACGUGCACUGGCUCAAGGAUGGAACGCAGCUAAAGGAAUCGGGUGGACCUACAAGAUACCGCGUGACCGACAAUCAUGGCAACGUUACAUUGCAUUUCAAGAGCGUUGAUCUAUCCGACAAGGGGCAAUACAUGUGCCAAGUAUUCACGACGGGAUUCCCGUCUCUGCUCUCGGACCCCGCCGUUCUCACAGUCGAGGAGAAGCUGAAAUUCUCGCCGCAGCCUGUCAAUAAACGCUUGGAGCUCGGUUCGACCGCGAAGGUAUCGUGCAAGGCGCAGGGCGCCACUAACCCUACAGUUAAGUGGAUCAAGGAGGGCGAGGAUGAGGAAUUCCCCAAGCACGUGCAAGACGUCAACGGCACCCUGCACUUCAACGGCGUGCUGGAGGAGGACAAAGGUCGCUAUACUUGCAUCGCCAGCAACGCUCAAGGGUCCAUCAAUCAUACAAUUAGCAUCGACGUAGUCAUUGCGCCGAAAUUCACGAUACAACCACAAAAUCCGACGGAGGCGAUCGAGGGAUAUCCGGUGAUGUUACAUUGCGCCGCUGAGGGCGAUCCUAAGCCGACUAUACAGUGGGACAAGGACUCCCGUAUGAACAACCUGGACAAUCCGCGAUUCGAGGUACUGAGUAACGGAAGUCUGUACAUCAAGGAAGUGUAUCUCAGCGACGAAGGAAAAUACGGAUGUACCGCUGGCAAUAGCGGUGGUUUAAAGCGGGAAGAGGUCCAAUUGAAUGUAAAAGCUGGAGAUAGCUAUAGAGCUGAUAUGGACUUGGAGACCAGCGAGGAGGGUUCGAUGAUGACGAAGACGGUAACAAUCACCCUUAGCGCAGCCGCGGCCUACAUGGUGCUCGUCGUGGGUCUCAUGCUGUAUUGCCGUUAUCGACGUCGUCGCAAGAAGCAGCAGUAUCUGCAGGAGCAAACUGAAGAUAAAAUAGAGAACGGUGAGGUCGCGCAGGAAGAGCAGACAGAACUGAAAGAGACCGGCAACAAGGCGGCAAAUUCGACGAGUAAGAAAAAGGAGAAUCGAGAUUCUCAUAAUAAGAGCGACGGCGCGGAUACUGCUCAGAGCCAGAGCAGCAACCAAUCCAAGAAGUCCAAAUCGAAUUACGACAAGAUCGCAGCAUCGCGAAGUAACCUAAAGGAGCUGAAGCCGCUCGGCCGGGGUGAGUUUGGCGAGGUCUACGCCACAAAAUAUCAGAUCGACGGCGACAAGGAAUCCUUGGUGAUGGUAAAGAGCUUGACGAACACGAAGGACGAGGUCGCGCUGCAGGAAUUCAAACGGCAUCUGGAUCUCCUGCACAAACUCAAUCACGAGAACGUCGUCAAACUGAUUGGCCUGUGUCGUGAAGAGGAACCCGACUACAUGAUCCUGGAAUACACCGACUGGGGCGAUCUGAAGCAGUUCCUGAUCGCUUCACGAAAGGACAGCAACUCCAGCCCGACGCAUGAGUCGAAAGCGCCGCGCGCACCCCAGCUCUCGGUCGCGCAGAUACUGUCACUGUCGAAUCAGGCGGCAAAGGGCCUGAAACAUCUGGCCGACAAUCGGUUGGUCCACAAAGACAUAGCCGCGCGCAAUUGCCUAAUCGCCAGCAACCUGACGAUCAAGAUCUCGCUGCCGUGCAUGACCAAAGAGCCGUAUCAUCAGGAGUACACGAAGCACCGGAACCAGGUGAUCCCGUUGAGAUGGCUGCCGUACGAGGCUGUGUACGAGGACGAGUACUCCACCAAGAGCGACGUGUACUCGUUCUCGUGCCUAGUCUGGGAGAUGUUCCAUCAGGGCGAGCUGCCGUUCAAUAAGAUGAAAGACGAGUCCGUGCUGGCUCAGCUGAAGGCGCAGACGCUAACGUGGAAGCCGCACAAGGCGGCGCCGCCGGCCUUGCAGGAACUGCAGGCUCAGUGCUGGGCGAAUGAUCCGCGGAAGAGACCGACCUUUGAUCAGGUUGUCUCGGAGAUAGGAGAAAUCGUAGUCGACAGCUGUCUGUAGGCUGUAAGUACCGCGGCCGAAUCGCGCGAGGCUCUAAAUACCGGAAAUACUGCAAUAGGGGUAAUGAUUGUGCAGAAUGAUACGUGUCGAGAGAUAAGGCUGACGAGCGCCGAUGAUAACGCGGCGGACGAUGAUCCUCCCUGCGUGAGUUGGAGGACUUCCGGGGAGGACGCCGCGAGUCCGCUCGCGAGAAAUAGUUAACCGGCUUUCAUGUUAACGCUUCGUAUCGUUUAUAUACACCUAAUGAAUCGUAGGAAACCUUCGAUGCUCUUUGGUAAAUGGAAAUACGCUUGCUCAUUAAUCGUCGAGCGCGCGAGAAUUACAUUGUGAUUCCGUCGGCGUUGAUGCGCUUCGCACGCGCGACAUCACGCAACGCGAGGAGUAAAAUUUUUGCGUGAAAUCAGACUCGCGCGGAAACGCGAUUUAUCGAGUCGUCGUUAUCGUGUAAUUGAGCGAUCGACACUCGUCGUCUCGAAUUUUAAUAUAUUAUUUUGCAUACGAAGCUUGCGAGGCUGUAGAGAUUCAUUUAUUACUAUUACGUUUUGAACGCGUUUCUGGAUUCUCCAAUCUUGUUACACGACACGCGAACAUCGUUUUCCGAAAUCGUGCAAUCAAGUAAUCUCCGUUUCACGCGAUCACUGAACGUUACUCUGAAUUUUCUCCGACGUUUCCGUAUUUUCGCGGACGAGAUCGUCGGUUCCACAAUAAUUAUUCGUAUUACAGUAUUUUAUCGCGUCCACUAGCUCGAUAAGAAGAUAAUAUUUAUUUCCGAAUAGCAUCUCUCCGCUCCAAUGACUCUUGUCUAUCUCUCUCAUCGGACUAAGUAAUGAUCUGUAUGGGCCCAUUAUACGUUAUUACGCAAUUAAUGCAAUACUUAGUAUACAGUAUCGAUAUAAUAUAAUAGGUAUGAUUACCACACAUCGAAUAUUCAUAAGAAGUUUAUCGUUAGGUGACUCGAAGCCGAGAAACUGAUGGCGGGCACGUUCAAUCGUAAGGUCCCGAUCGAGGUCCCGAUUGAACGUCGGUGAUCAGACUCGGCGUCGCGACGACACGCAUUAUUAAGAAAGUAUCACGAUCAUAUCAAAUGACGAAGGGAUUAUCUUAUAUCUCCGCCUAUUUACUUGUACACGCGCUGCACCCGCUAAGACGAAACUUGAUAAUUAUUUAUAACAUAUGUAAUUCCGUGAUAAGGGCGCAAUCGACCACUCGUAUUCGACGAAAAAGACGGCCUUGUACAUAUACCGAUGGUAUUAGUGGAAGUUCUUUUUAAGCGCGAAGGAUAGAGACGCCGACGAUAGAUUGUCGCGUCAAUUUCUGUCAACGUGAUCGUUCGAGUCCGCGAUGACAUUUUGCUGCCGGACGGAAUAUUAACGUCGUGUCAGAAAUGAAAAAAAGAAAAGAGAAUCGCAGCGCGCACUGCGCUCGCAGAUGCUAGCACGCGAAGGAACGAUGAAGGUGCAGGAUAUACUGAAUGGUACUGUGUACUGCUCGAAAGCUUAUUUUUACAUAUGGGAAAUUAGAAUCGACCAGAUGAUUGCGCGGAGUAUCGCUCGCGAUAUUUUUGCAUCCAGGAUUUUUACAAUCUCACAAAUAGCGCGCACAAUCUACUCGAUGCAAUGCAAUGGUCCAAUGUGGGGGAACAUCCAGAACUCUCCGACUAUUCCAUGUCUGUAUCAUCCGACAUUUGUACAACGAAAACUUAACGUUCGUAUUUUAACAGUAAGUUAAAUAACGUCGUCCACGCAUUUAAGCCUAAUCUGUAAGGAAUAUUCCCGAGACAAUUGCGCGCACGCGUUCUGCCUCUUCCGUUUUCGCGCAAGGCUUACGUGAAAAGGUUUGAAAGCUAGAUUCGAAGGAUAUAAAAAGAGAAGCAGACCGAUGAAGCGAACAUCUUCCAGUAGUGCAGACCAGGUAGACAGCGACAGAAGUGCUGCCAGCAGCAACGCAAGGAAUAAUUGCGCGAUUCUGUAAUUUAUUUCUUAUUGGACGUACUUAGCGGCUCUAAGAGCUUGUCGAAGGAUUAAACGCGCACAGGGCCGUGCAGACGAACGCUGCAGCGCAUUAGUUCAGCUCUCGGAAACGCGAUUCGACGGAGCAUCAUCACGCGUGGAUGCGAUUCAUCGUUUAUGACUCUCGAAGCAAAAACAAGGCAAUCAACAUGUCGACCGGAAGACCAGUCCGCCGAUCUCUAUCGGGACUAGUUCCGACAGGUGCAGAACAAUAUUUUCAUCAAUUGCUGUUGAGCACUUGCGAGCAACAAUCGGUGAAUCGUGAUCCAAAAUCAAUCGUGCAGUUACUCGAUUUAAUUAUUCUUCAACAAAGAUAGAAAUUGAGCACGAAGUUGAUCGAAAUGAUGAGUAAAAAAUAAGGGAUUAUCCGUAAAGGGAUGGAUGCUUUGCCAAAUACUUGUUCAUCGACAAACUACUUGGAAACUCUUUGUGCAAGUUUUCGGAAAAAUUAAAAGCUUCUUUUAAAGAGUUGCCACAAGUUAAUCGUUGACUCUGCGGAUGCUGAUAUAAAUAUGAUGUAUUAUUACGCAUAUAGAUAUACGAAGUACACCGAGAUAACACUGCCACAAUGGUAUCUGUGUAAUAUGAAAGGGUCAUAAUUACGAUAAGUACGACCGUUCUCUAAUCUAACGCACCCUCGUCAUGCCGAAAGUAGCGCGCAAAGCCACGAAGACACUUCGCCCUCGCGUGAGAGCGCGGUCAUGUCUUCGUGGCCGCUCUAAAUUAGGAAUAUAUAAAAGCACGAAUAAAAAUACGAAUAAUCCUUCGAGGUAAACGGAUCACCAAAGCUCGUCUCUGUGAGCGAAGUUUAUAAUGCUUCCUAAAUGUUCGCUAUAUACGUCAAGAAAUAUUCUUGUGAUCAGUGAUGGCGCGCGUACUCGAACAAUAUGAAAUCCGUACUCCUUUAGUUUUAAACCCCUUUAGUGUUAAACAUCAAAAACAUUUUUUAUUUUAACGCAGAUACGAUGAGGAGUAUUAAAAUUGUCCAGAUGACAAGGACAAAUUCAUAAGACUCAUUAGGAUGUUACAUAAUCUAAAUAAUGCAAAUUUUUUCGGAUUAAUGGAAAUAUCAUCGCAUCUUGAAAUUCUUUCCCAUUUCUUUGAAGUUGUAUAGUGUUGGUAUAUAGCUGAAAAAAAUGACAAAUACUCAACGAGUACUUGGCGUUAUUUACAAGCAUUUUUGAUAACUGAACAAUGCACGAUAAGGAACUCAUAUUUAACAUCAAGUUAUCUCGGAUGUAUGCUCGAUCGUACCCGAGUACGCGGCCCAUCACUGCUUGUAACAUAAACUACGCUAGGAAUAUACCUUGCAGCGAUCUAGCCCGUAUAACGAGUAUGUAAAGUUAAGGCCAAUUAUUAAAAUCCUAUGUGCUCAUAUCAUUCGCUCAGAUAUUCAUCGUGAACGACCACCACUGCCAUAUAAAAGAAAAGAAAAAAAAUAGGCAACGGGGCACAGCGAUAGUUGUGUCGGUGAAUUUCAUAUAAAAGCUACCUAUUAUGUCUAAUAUGUCUAGUCAUAUAUGGUGACAAAGUGAACACAGCGUAUGAAAAGCUCAUUUGAAUGACGUUCAUAUCCUUAGGCGUUCCAAAUCGAUUUCUUUUUUACAGUAUUUUGUAAAUAUUUGUACUUUUUUAUCUACAUCGUACUUAUUAUGAAUUUUUGGGAUAGUAUGUGCUACGAUUAAAUAAAGAUGAAAAAAAGUAAAUAUA